AUGGAGGCGGCAACCGAGAUCAUGGAGAAAGACGGAGCUUCCAACAUCGAUCGAUCACGGAACAUCAUUGCGACUGAGUUACUCGCCAAUGCUGGUCGCAUCAUCAUGGAAAGCGGAGGUGAUCGCUUUCGCAAGAUGAGACGAGCGGUGUUUACAGCGCUGCAGCCCAAAGCCUCCGAGAGCUACCAGCCCCUCCAGAUAGCUAAUGCUCGCAUUCUUAUGCUCAAAUUACUACAAGCCAUGACAGAUUUGCCGACCAUAUAA